GAGAUAGCCGCCCGCUAAGUAGCUGGAACAGUGGAACUUCACUGUGUAUAUAUACUUGUAUUCUUCAUUCCUUUCCAUCAUAUCAUUCCAGAAUAUUGCAGGUUCUCUGUAAUCAAUUGAGUAGCAAUGGCGACAAAAGUGCCUACAGAACACAGAAAUGACACAAACGAGUUAGACUUGGCGGCAAACCCAAAAUCCCAAAGUUCAAUAUCAGUAUUUGAACGACAUUACCCUCCUGGCUUUUUGAAAAAGGUGGUGGCAGAGACUAUAGCAACGUUUCUGUUGGUGUUUGUGACAUGUGGUUCAGCUGCUCUUGCAGCGAGCGAUGAACACAAGGUCUCAAAGCUUGGAGCUUCCAUAGUUGGGGGGCUCAUAGUAACGGCCAUGAUCUAUGCUGUUGGGCACAUCUCCGGUGCACACAUGAACCCGGCUGUCACUCUAGCCUUUGCUGCCGUCAGGCAUUUUCCAUGGAAACAGGUACCAAUUUAUGCAGCAGCACAGCUAACAGGAUCAGUAGCUGCCUCUUUUACUCUGUCUAUACUAUUGCAUCCCAUUAAGCAUGUGGGAACUACAUCACCUUCUGGAUCAGAUUUUCAAGCUCUAAUCACAGAGAUAGUCAUGACAUUUUCCAUGAUGUUCAUCACUUCUGCCGUCGCCACAGAUACUAAAGCUAUAGGAGAGCUAGCAGGUAUCGCAGUUGGCUCUGCAGUAUGCAUAACAUCAAUUUUUGCUGGACCAAUAUCAGGUGGAUCCAUGAACCCAGCCAGAACAUUAGGACCAGCACUUGCUAGUGCAUACUACAAGGGAAUUUGGGUCUAUGUGGUAGGACCUGUGAUAGGAACCCUACUAGGGGCAUGGACCUACAACUUCAUUCGGGUCACUGACAAGCCGGUUCAGGGCAUACCACCGCACUCAUUUUCAUUCAAGCUACGGAGAAUGAAGAUCGAAAAUGAUCGGCAGGUUGUUACCUGCACAGACCCUCUGGAUUCAGCUUGAAUUUCUUAUUC